AUGAGCUUAGACCUCGCAGCCAAGACGUUAGACCUCACGGCCAGGGGAAUCGACCUCCUGGCGGUCCUCGCCAGAAUCUCCAACGAGACAGAAAGCGCUUCCAAGCUCGUCAAGGAAGUAGGGCGCUGGCUCGGAAAGGAGGGACUUGAUGAGGUUGAACUGAAAUUCUUCCUUCAGUCAACUCGAGCUCUUGUCCACCCAAACAAUCACAAGGAGGCCAUCGUCUUUUUCCAGGCCGUCACAGACCGAAGACCUAAACCAUCGGUUGUACCGCUUUGGGCGCAGCCGUCCGGUGCACUCGGGCGACUAGUCGCUAGCGAUCCCCUUCAAAGAUGGCUCACAUCGACUGUCUGCUGUUUAUUCCGCUACCACGACGAGAGAUUCAUCAAACUGGCCAUCUCUUCCUUCAUAAUGCUCGCCUCUCGAUCCGGACAGAAGCCCCUCUCCGAGUAUCAACUAGCCUACCUCCCUGAAAUGCUCCAACUUGAGCAGGUCGUUUCUAAGGUUAUUCAUAGCAAUUGGAUCCACAUUGCUAACUCGGGAAUCAUUGGGUCUGAUUCCGAGUGCCCUCGCCUCCCAAGCGAACUCAACUGGGCUUGCAAGCGAGGGCACAACAUCGGAAGCCAUAAACUAGCAGUCGUUCUCAGCAGGCUCCGCGAUCCUCCUAAGGAAAUCAUAUUCCAGAGCGAACGCCUUUUGACAAAUCUUGUGCUGUGGCUCACUUGGCAUUUCAGCGGCCGACUCCGCAUCGUCGUGAGCGGCAGCAUUGUCUACGACAAGGCUCUCGGACCAGCAGAUAGCAGCGUCGAGUGCCGCGUCAGCAAGUUUUGUCACACAGAAGGGGAUGAGCGGGAAUGUACUUCAUUUGAGAACGGUGGCGCCCCUUCAUUCGAAAUGUUCGAAAGGGUGGAGGGAGAUCUGAAAUCACUCUUCAGGGGCAGGUAUGACAACCAACAGACCUUAAUGUCAGAGCCCCAGGUCCGCCAAAAGCUGUAUCAGAGCCCCUUCCGCUACCCCAAAGGGCUCCAGAAGAGUACAAGGAUCUGGACCCAACGAACUGGUCAGGAGCUCCUCAGGUGGUUUUGCGCACUUCCCGUUGAGAAAGACACCAUGGGAUCGAGACUCAGUUUUCGCGUCCUACUUGGUGGUGCAGGUAACCUAGGCUCUCAUCAGUUGCGGGUGUCGGACCUGCUGGGGAGAACGCCAGAGUUACUGAACACAUAUUGCGGUGAGCUCGGAGGGCCCUUUAUCGUGUUUUCUCCACCACGACAAUCAACUCCGCCUACUGUUGACAACUUAAUGGAUAUCAGUGACUACGAUGAGGACAUGGAAGAUGAGCAAGACGAUGAAGACUUGGACUUCGAGUCCCGACCCCCGGUGCUGCUCAAAUACUUCCCCAUUCUCCAAGACCUCGUGGAUCAGGUGAGGGUGUCAUGCCAGUGCUUCAAUUGCGCUAGAGCAACGACCAAGGUGUUCAUGAUGGAUGAAAAUUGCCUUCAACACAAAGCUUUCAUGGAGGUUAUGUUCUAUUUCAGCCAUGGGAUUGCUGACGCUUUUGGGGCGCCGGAUGUUUCGGCCUGUGGCGAGGCGAGAGCCGGGGAUUCCGGGGCCAUGGCGAUUCUUUUCGAUGCAAUCGACACGGUCCGUUUCAACCCCAGCAAUCUCGAGGGGAAGAUUGAAUGGCAUACCCUCCUAAGCACGGUCUGCCAAACCUUACUCGGCUGCCCGCCUAUCGAUACGAUGACGGAUGCCACCUACAACGACUCUCCUGUCGAUACUCCCCUUCCAUUUACCCAACACCUUGGAACGACCGUCAUCGCCAUUCAGCACGGCGACUUGGCCGUUGUGGCACCCUGGUUAGACCUCACCCAGCGAAUUGAAUUGCGUGGAUGCUUUCGCUUGGAACUUGUGCAAGGGCGGCUCUGUCUUCCUGUCGACGACGAGGUGGCAGGAAGAGUCCUCCUCCAGGAAGUGACGCGAGAUACUUCUGUUGUUGAGACACAACAUACCGAGGACGUGAGCGACUAUGCCGAAAUGUUCAAGAUGCCGGUCCACCAUGCCGGGGCCGAGAUACAGCUCAUCAAUGAUGAGUCUAUCGAAUCACGCGACUUUAUCCUCGUGUCUGUCGAGCAGAACAGAUACAAGCUCUUGAUGAGAGUCACGUCAGAAGCUCAUUCGAGAAUGGUUGAUCCAAGUCGGGCUAUCAUCAAGAUUGCUCGUGGGAUCCAUGACUUAAAAUGCAAACACAACCCUGCAAGGUGUGGGUUUGUGCCUGAGGGUCAGGGUGUUGAGUUAUCUCGGUUCAACGAACUUCUUGGAAGUUGGGGAGGACAAGAACAGAAGGAGAAGGAUCCUGAAGAGGACGGGUCAUCAUCUGGAGAGGCAUUGCCUAAUCAGGCCACAUCAGUGGCCGAUCAAAUAACGUUCGACGACAAGUCCAAGCACUCAAAGCCCUUGCGCGUUACGCACAUCCUCGACACCACAUUCAAGUAUAAUACGGCCCUUGCUCUUAGUGCUGACAACCCUACAUUUGUCUCCAGCGGCAAUAUCUGUUAA